AUGGAAUGCCUAAUACUGUCACUGUCAAAAAAAAGUGUCUUAAUAAAGCACUCGGCUGGCUUAAAAAUACAUCCACAGUGCGUCGGGAAAAAUAAUUUUAUUCAAAUACCAUUUCUCGAAAGUUUAUUAAAUUUAACCAAAUUACCUGAGGUACAGCAGUGUCUGUCCGAACCUCAUAUUCCAAAUCCAAACGUUAUUACUGACUAUCGUGACGCCAAAUAUUAUCAGGAUAUUCUCAAAAACACAAAUAAACAAGAUCUGCUGUCAUUUGAGAUGGCAUGCGAUGAUCUCACAAUCACAAAUCAAAUCAGUCAUCACGUUCACAAGUUAUUUUUAUUUUACUGGACGCUUCUAAAUCUGAAUUGUUAUCAACGAUCGAAACAAGUAGUUAAACGUUUAUUAGCCGUCGUGCCCAAAACUUUGAUGGCCAACACAACCAUCGCAGAUGUAAUGAGCGAUUUUAUUGACGGACUUCUGAUAAUGUGGCAUCAAGGCAUUGAGAUAGUUAUCAACGGAACAAAAAAGAAUUUUUUUGGCAUUCUUCUGUAUACAGUGGCUGACUUUCCGGCCACAAACUGCUGCCACGGUUUCAAAGAAUCAACAUCAGCGCUUCGAUUUUGUCGUUUAUGCGAUGUGAGGAAAGACAAUUAUUUUGAGAGUUUAGAUAAGUCAUCUAUUAGAAUAAUCCCAGAGGAGUAUGACAGAUACUGUACUCAAAUUGAAUUAUUCAAUGAUCCAUCGCAAAAGAAUUCGAAAAAAGAAUGGCAGACGCUAUGGGGAAUAAACAGUCGUUCGGCUUUCUGUCGUCUACCAUAUUUUGACGUCACUCGUCAAGUUCUUUAUGACCCUCUUCAUGUUUUCCUUGAAGGAGUAUGUAAAGUUGAGUUAAAUGCGUUUUUAAUUUUUUGUCAUGAUUCACGUCGAUUUGAUAUCGCUGUUUUUUGUUCGAAAGUUUGCAGUUUUCCAUAUCUUUCAAAUGAAAAAUGCUCAAAGCAAUCGUUAAACGUUAAAAUUGAAGAUAUAAAAAAAUCUGGCUCCGUACCGCUUGACUCUGCACAAUUAUUAUAUUUGUUUCGAUAUUUACCCUUUAUGUUAGCUGAAUUACUCGGAAAAAUGCACAACAGCGAUAUUCAAAUCCUAAUUGAAUGUGGUAAUGAUGACGAAGAAAUAAUUCUACCCAGCGGAAGCACAUUAGCAAGUGCCCGCUCCACGAUAAUUCAACAAACGAAAUUCCAACUGUCCGAAUCGUGCCAUUUUCGUUUAUGGUGCGAUAAAUUUAAAAAAUAUCGAAAUAACCUCGAGCUUGUCAUAUUAAAAGACCUUGACAAGGUAGAAAUAAUAAAACCCGACGUGCUCCUCGAUCGACAAAUAACAAUACCGACAAUAACAGAUUUGAGUUAUUCGCACGUUGCGUCUAUAAGUACUCGGCCUCCGCUUCUGGAUAGAUUCAAUAAUCCAUACUUUUAUACACAACAACCUCAAAAUCAGCAAACAAACAAUGAAGAAUUAUCGAUGUAUCCCGAUCAUUUCAGUUAUGAUGUGAUAAAUGAUGGUAGGAUUUGUCAAGAUGAGAAUAUGAAAGAAGUCGACUGUUUAUCAUCACCGCAA